AUGAGGAGCCUCGUGGUGUUUCUUGCCGUCCUCGCUCUGUCCCAGGGCAGUGGGAUCACCAGGAUCCCUCUGCACAAAGGCAAGUCCAUAAGGAAGGCCCUGAGGGAGCGUGGGCUGCUGGACGACUUUCUGAGGACACACCAGUAUGCCGUCAGCAGCAAGUACAAGGCCGGGAAGGUGGCCAGCGAGCCCCUUUUCAACUACCUGGAUUGUCAGUACUUUGGGAAGAUCACCAUCGGGACCCCGCCCCAGGAGUUCACCGUGGUGUUCGACACUGGCUCGUCCGACCUCUGGGUGCCCUCUGUCUACUGCAAGAGUAACGCCUGCCAAAACCACCACCGCUUCGACCCGGCCAAGUCCUCCACCUUCCAGGACAUGGGCGAGCCUCUGACCAUCCAGUACGGCACGGGCAGCAUGGAGGGCGUCCUGGGAUACGACACCGUCACUGUCUCCAGCAUUGUGGACCACCACCAGACCGUGGGCUUGAGCACCCAGGAGCCUGGGGACGUCUUCACCUACUCCCAGUUCGACGGGAUCCUGGGGCUGGCCUACCCUUCUCUUGCCUCUGAGUACUCGGUGCCCGUGUUUGACAACAUGAUGAACAAGCACCUGGUGGCCCAAGACCUGUUCUCGGUUUACAUGAGCAGGAACGGCCCGGGGAGCAUGCUGACGCUGGGGGCCAUCGACACGUCCUACUACACAGGCCCCCUGCACUGGGUGCCCAUAACCGUGCAGGAAUACUGGCAGUUCACCGUGGACAGCGUCACUGUCGAUGGUGUGGUGGUGGCCUGUGACGGCGGCUGUCAGGCCAUCCUGGACACGGGCACCUCCAUGUUGGUCGGGCCCAGCAGUGACAUCCUCAGCAUCCAGAAGGCCAUUGGAGCCACGCAGAGCCAGUUUGGCAUGUUUGACAUCAACUGCGGGAGCCUGAGCAGCAUGCCCACCGUGGUCUUCGAGAUCCACGGCAAAAAGUACCCACUGCCCCCCUCCGCCUACACCAGCCAGGACUCGGACUUCUGCACCAGCGGCUUCCAGGGCGACGACAGCUCUGAGCAGUGGAUCCUGGGGGACGUCUUCAUCCGGGAGUACUUCAGCGUCUUCGACAGGGCCAACAACCGCGUGGGGCUGGCCAAGGCCAUCUGA